CACGACUGGAAAACGCGGAAGGUUUUCGUAUUUUUUAGUAAAUUAACUUUUUAUUAUUGUAUAAAUUUAAAUUUUGCAAAUUAUUUAAAUACGCCUAAAUAUGCCUAUGAUAGUCAUAUCUGGUUUACCGUCCAGCGGUAAAACCACACGUGCUAAAGAUCUGCAAAAAUACUUCACUGAUAAAGGCAAGAAGGUACACUUCAUUUCGGAGAAUAUUUCCAUAGCCAAUGCUGGUUUUGCGAAAAAUGAAUACUUUGCCGAUUCGCAAAAGGAGAAACAAGUGCGUAGUGACAUCAAGUCGGAAGCGCUGCGCUUACUUAAUAAAGAUGACGUUGUCAUCGUGGAUGCGGGCAAUUACAUUAAAGGCUAUCGCUAUGAGUUGUUUUGUGCGACAAAAGCAGCACGCAGCACGCAAUGCACACUCUUCUGCGGCAUACAAGAGGCGCGCGCCUGGGAGUUAAAUCAGCAGCGUACAGUUGAAGAUGUAGUGCCAAGCGGUACGAACAAUACCACAGACAAUUCUAAUGUGCCAUACACACGCGAAAUAUUCGAUGCGCUCUGUAUGCGUUUUGAAGAGCCACAUGGCAAUUGUCGUUGGGAUAGUCCACUCUUUGUAGUGUUCCCUGACGAUACGCUUGAUUUGGAAGCCAUCUAUAGUGCGCUGUACGAAUCAAAACCCUUACCGCCCAAUCAAAGCACACAGAAUCCGCCACUAAGCGCCACGAAUUACCUCUUUGAACUGGAUAAGUUGACGCAACAAAUUAUAGCGGACGUUUUGGCUGCGCGCAAAAUCGGCAAUACAGGUGCCGUGCCGGUGAAAGGUAGUCAGGUGAAAGUGGAAGUGCCAGCGGGCGUAAAUGCGAUACAGCUCAAUCGACUGCGUAGACAAUUUCUUAAUUAUAGCAAAUUACAUCAUGCCACCACAAGCACUUUGGAUAAAGUGCCGCAAUUAUUCGUGCAAUUUCUCAAUUCUAAUUGUAAUGAAUAGCGCAUGAUUUUAGAAAAAAUAUACAAAACGAAAAUUUAAAUUUCUUAUUAAGAAGUGACGUUUAGUAAAUAA